GGUCAACAAAAUUUUAAGGUUAAAUCGACUUGUCCGUUUGUUAUUUAUCCAGUUCCCCGCACAAUUGUGUUCAUAAUCCUCGAUACAUGAAGUUUUAGGGGAGUAUACCAAUAAUAAAGUAUUGUUAAAGGUCAGGGGAGGCAUUCCGAGGAUUAAAACAAAUCGGGGGAAUUUUAUUCCUGUGAUUUCUGAGGUGUCGAGGUAGUAUGACAAGUGGAGAGUAGAUUUGGGGUUAUUUGCGGUGGACUUUUGGUGUUGAGGGCGGUAUCGAGGAGAGUCAUCAUCAUGGCACAGCAGAAAAAUUUCCAGGAAGAGGUUGUCAAGGAGAUCAGGACACUGCUGUGGGGAAAUUGCCCCAAAGAUGAUGUUUUUCAGAGAUGGGCACAAGGUUUUCAAUUCUCCCAGGACGAGCCAACCGCCCUUGUUCAGGUGGAGGGAGGACCCUGUGCAGUUAUAGCACCUGUUCAGGCCUUCAUUCUCAAGGAUCUGUUGCUGGAGGGGCCUCUAGACACGUGGAAAAAUAUAACGACUGAGAAACAGAAUCGUCUGCUCGUCAGAGCUGCCACCGAGAUCAUCGGACAGGCAGCAGAUCCUAUCAAUCAAUCCUACUCUCUGAUUUAUCUUGAUAAUGAUAAUGGGGACAACCCAAUGGUUAAUGGAGAGGUAUCGACUGAGGAGGCACAACCCUUUAACGCAGAUUAUUUCCACUCUCGCCUCAGGAUAUCCGCAGUAGUUUCCCUCGACGAAGUGAAAAAAUACUUGUCCCAGAGGAUAGAGAGCCUCAAGGAGCCGUUCGGGGUGUUACUCCUGCUUUAUACUGUCGUUUGUACCAAAGGAAUCAAUGGGAUGAAGGGUGAAAUGUCAGAUCCCACUGAACCAGUGAUUGAUUCGAUUUAUGGGUAUGGCAGUCAGAGUCUCAUCAAUCUGAUGCUCACAGGAAGGGCUGUCAGUUAUGUCUGGGAUCAUGAUCAAGAUAUUGGAGGACUACAAUUACGAGGGAUUGACAAGCAAAAUACGGUGGGUUUUCUGGCCCUCCUGGAGCACCUCCGCUACUGCGAAGUUGGAGCAUUCCUCAAAUCCCCGUCCCACCCAGUCUGGGUGCUGGGAUCUGAGACACACCUCACAGUUCUGUUCUCAUCGGACCGAAGGCUUGUGAGCCCUGAGACACUAGCAGAGUACGCCAGGAGAGUCUUCAAGAAGUACGACCCUGAGGGGAAUAAUUUCAUACCCGCUAAUCUACUCCAGGACGUUCUGGCUGACCUAGAACUCGUUGCUGAUGACGAAUAUGUUGACAUAAUGAAGAAAAAACUGGACAAUGAGUCCCUUGGGAUUAUCCUCCUUGCCUCGUUCAUGGACGAAUUUUUCCCUGAAGAGCCUCGCACGUGUCCAGACACCUUCACACUCUAUCACUACAAUGGUUUACCUCGUUCAAACCCAGAUAAUCGUGUACGUUACCACACUGGCGAUGCUGUACUCCUCGAGUGCACAGUGAAGUGCAUUCUGGACAGCAAUCCCAUGCUCACAGUCCUCCAGACCAAGUGGCCGAGCAUCGAGGUCCAGUGGGACAUCGGUAGAACACCAAGUCUUAAUUAAUUCGAUUAAUCCAGGAGGUUUCAUCUUUUUUUUUGUUCGUUUGACUGAUUCAAUUUGUUUUUACAUAUCCUGAUAUGUGUCAUUGUCUCGGAAAUCGAUGGAUUAAGAUGAAAAAAAUAUUGAUGAUUUCUUGUGGGAAUUUUAAUCUUCAUUUUUAUUCUCUUAUCCAUCCUUUUCUGAGAUAAUUGACGAAAACUUAUCGAUUUCGUGUAUAUGACGUUCAAUUGAUUUCAAUAUUACCUCAGUACCGAGGAUUCCAAUUGGGGAACGUGUUGAAUAUCUUUUAAUUGGAAAUCUAUUUUCUCCGGAAAGUUUCUCCACAUUUUUUUGACAAAACCGAGUGUUUACUGGAUAUUAACGAAAAUCUUGCAUAAAUCAAAUUGCAUAAAUCGAAUUGAGGAAUGUUUUCUUCACUCGGUGGACUGGAGGAUAUUUUUUGAAAAUUAAAAAAUCACGCAUCGAAAUUGCAAUAAUUCAUGGACAAUUGAAUAUUCAGUGGAACAGAAAAUAAACAGUUCUACUCCCUGAUUAAUUCACGAAAAGACACAUUUAAGAAUUUUACUUUCGCUGAGAACGAUAGAAAAAAAUCGAUGGAAAAUAAUGAACUGUGAAUAUCGUCGAAUGCUUAAUUGCAUAGAUUUAUUAAAUUAAUAAAUUAAUUAAUACAUACAUGAUAAAUAUACAUAUAGUACAUAAAGAAUAGAAAAAAUAUGAAAGGGAGCCUUCGUAAUUGAUAAUUAUCGUUAAGUAAAUGAUCAAUUAUUCACUGAAUUAUUUAAAUAAUACGAGAACAUGCUAUUCCAUGUUUUGAACCAGUGUCGGAUCGUAGCUUUCAAGGAUCAAACUCUCCUCGUAGUUUAUUUAUUCAACUCUCGUGUACAUUUUCUUUAUUUUCAUAUAUCGAGGUAUUAACUGAUCACCAUUUUGGUUUAAUUAUUUGAACAUUCAGUGCUUAAUUCAGUAGUUAGUGGGUCUAUUGCACAUUCAGAGGAUGAAGACGAGAUUAAUCUCGUAUUUUGUUAAUUGUUUUUGGAAUUGUCAUGAUGAGAAAGUUAUUAAAACUAGUUUAAUAUCAA